UGACAUCCGAUCGCUCUGCCUGGUGGCACGAGACAUUUUCCUGGACCAGCCGUGCCUCCUUCAGCUGGCCACUCCCAUGAAGAUCUGCGGUGACAUCCACGGGCAGUACUACGACCUCCUCCGGCUGUUCGAUCACGGUGGCCACCCUCCGCACUCCAACUAUCUACUUCUUGGGGACUACGUGGACCGCGGCAAGCACAGCCUGGAGACAAUCUGCCUGCUGCUGUGCUACAAGGUCAAGUACCCGGCCAACUUCUUCCUCCUGAGGGGCAAUCACGAGUCGGCCUCCAUCAACAAGAUGUACGGCUUCUACGACGAAUGCAAGCGCCGGUACUCCACCAAGCUCUGGAGGACAUUCACGGACUGCUUCAACUGUCUCCCCAUAGCCGCCAUCGUGGACGACAAGAUUUUUUGCGCUCACGGCGGACUGUCACCGGAGCUGUUCGACAUGGAACAGAUCAACAGGGUCUCGAGACCGACGGAUGUGCCUGAUACAGGUUUGCUGUGCGACCUGCUUUGGUCAGAUCCCGACCGCGACAUCAUCGGGUGGGGAGAGAACGACAGAGGCGUUUCGUUCACGUUCGGGGAAGACAUCGUCAGGGACUUUCUGGCCUCGCACGACCUCGAUCUGAUCUGCCGAGCCCACCAGGUGACCAUGCGGUAG